AUGCUCCUCUCCUCUCUGUCUUUGGAGCUUGCCAACAAGAAGGCCGUGAUUGUUGCCGUUCCUGGCGCCUUCACCCCCACUUGCUCCAGCGCGCAUCUGCCUUCUUACAUCAACAACCUCGAAAAGCUCAAGGCCAAGGGUGUUGACCAAGUUAUCUUCCUCGCCCAUAACGAUGCCUUCGUCAUGUCUGGUUGGGGCAAGGUAAACGGCAUCAAGGAUGAUUCCAUCCUCUUCGUCAGCGACCCUCAGGUUGCCUUCUCUUCUCAGAUUGGCUGGGCCGGUCCUGAGAGGGCCAACCGAUAUGCCAUCGUAGUUGAUCAUGGCAAGGUCGUCUACGCUGCAAAGGAGGAAGCCCCGGAAUUGCCCUGA